AGACACACAUAGGCUCGCUCGAGCACAACAAUCGGAACGCAACUUGGAAAACAGUUUCGGAACAUCUACAUCUAUAUCUACAUAUAUAUGUAUAUGUAUAGAUAUUAUAUAUAUUUGGAUUUCGAAUAGAGAACCGAAACUGAAACCGAAGCCGCAAAAAUGCCAAUGUCAAUGCCGUGCGUAACACGCGCCGGCCGCUCACUGCAUCCGGAUUGCUAUGACCGACUCGGACGGAAGGUGGGCCUCGAGCUGGAGAAGCCGCUGCGGCCGGUGAAGCCUCUGCCGCCAGAACAGUUGGGCGCUGUCAAGAAGCAGCCACGCAUGUCCAUCUGCGCGAAGCAGUUGGCGGAGGGGUUGCUUCAGCAGAAAGCUGGCUUCUUGAUGGCCGGCAAGAAGCCGGCGUUGCGCGGACUGCCGCCGGGCACAGUGCCGCCAGGCGCGGCUAAAAAUUCGCGUCCCGUACGCCCGCCUAUGAAGCGUAAGGGACGCGGCGGAGAGGCCACCUAUUUCCAUGUGCUCGGCCAGCCAUGGGAGUCCAAGGGUUUCGCGGCACUGGAGAAGGAGCAUGUGGAGCGCAUGAAAGCCUCGCGCCCACCCACCGCCGAGGAGCUACAGGCCGAGCAGGAGCAGCGCAAGGAGGAGGAGCGGCAGAACAAGGAGGAGGAAGAGCGCGUGCGCAGCUACUAUCACGAGAUCGAUGAGGCUCGUCGCGAACGUGAGCUCGAGGUUCAGCGCCAGAUCGAUGCCGAGGCCGAUGACGACGAUGAGGAGAAGGCCGCCGAGGCGAGGCGUUUGAUGGUGCUGCACAAGUCACUGCAGGCACGCCACGAGAACGAUGUCCGGGUGCAGUCGGCAACCCGCGCGAUUGGCGCGGCCAAAUGCAGCGCCAUGUGGACGGCCCAGAUCGAGGAGCGAGCAAUGAUGGAGCGCCUACAGGCGGAAUACGACAUGGAGCAGGCGCGCAAGGAUAACGCAUUCAACGAGUCCAAAUGGGGCUCCCUGCCGCAUCAGGAGCAGCUGGAGCACAACAAGCGCCUGGAAUUCGGCGCUGCGGUGCGCCAGCAGAUCAAUGAUCGCCGGCAGCUGCGCCAUUUGGCCGAGGAGCGUCGGCGCGAGGAGUCGCGCCAAAUGCGCGAUGCAUACGACGAGUACAAGCGCUUCCAGUCGGAGCAGUCGUUGGCCAACGGGCAGCGCAAGACGCGCUACCGCAAGGAGCUCUUCCACUACAUCCAGCUGCAUCAGGACUUUGAGAGUCUGCUCUGCAAGCAGGAGCAGCGGGAUGAGCUGCGCGCCAACAAGUAUAUCAUCGAGAAGGAGCAACAGCGUCUGGAGCAGCGUCAGCAGAAGGCGGCCGCCGAGCUGGCCAAGGAGCGCAAACGGGAUGCCCUCUUUGUGAUACAGCAGAAGAUACUCGAUGCCAAGGACAAUCGCGAGGAGAUGCGCCUGCUGGCCGAGCACGAGCGCCUCGAGCGCAAAUAUCGCCUCGAGGAGCGCCAGGCGGUCGAGCAGCGCCGUCGCCAGGUGGCGGAUCUGCGUCAAGGCAACAUCGAGGCCAUGGCCCACAUUAACAAGCUGCGCACCUGCUACUAUGCGCAGCGCCAGCGCGAAAUGGACGAGAUGAAGGUCGAGCGUGCCAAAUAUGAGCAACAGCAAAAGGUCGAACAGGAGCAGAAGCUGGGCCGCAAACUGAGCCUGCACCAGGGCGUCACCGCCCAAAUGGAGGAGCACGAACGCGCCCGCCGACGCGACAUCGAGCAGGAGCGCGUCGAGAGCGAACGCGCACGUGCCCUCGAGGAGCAGCGCCAGAAGGAGAUCGACAUGGUCAUCAGCGUGAAGCUCGACGAGCUCGCCAAGAAGCGUUGCUUGCCACAGAAUGCGCUGCAGUCGCUCACCGGACGUGUCAGAUUUGCUGGGCCCAAGAAGCUAUCUGCUCAUAUGCAGCCAUAGAGUGGGCGUGGCAGCGCCUCAGCCCCCAAAUGCGACGGUUGCCCGAGUUUUGUUUAAUGUUUCCAUUGUUGUGGGGUGUUAUUGUAGUUGAGAUUUGAUUUGAUUGUUGCUGGAGUGGCAGCUCUUAAGCACAUGCUCCCCAUCAAGCACACACGCAAACGCACACGCACACACUCACGCACAAGCAGCGAUGGCAGCGGCACGUAUGCACACACACACACACACACACACA